AUGGAAUUCUUGUCGAAGGACGACUUCACCUGCUUCGACCUGCAAGGACACAAACUAAUGACCACUCCGAACCCCUCAAAAGUAACAGGUACUCCAGCGUACUGUCGACGCUAUCCAUGUACAUCACCCCAAGAUGCCCGCUCAUUUUGCGCGUACUCUACACCAGUCACCGCGUAUCAUCACGACAACAGCUCCAUCAUCAUCAAGGCAUGGGGAACCAUCACCAGAACUUAUUACCCAGCUCUGGAACCCUCCCAAAAGUCAAGCCUUCCCGGCUACAUCAUACUGCGAUGGACAAUAGGAGGAAUCCUCAUCGAUACUAUGGAACAAUUCGACAUGGUCGAAGCAUGCAGUUCUUUCGCGUGCAUCUACAUAUCGAACUACUCAUCAAAUAGGAAGAUCCUCCUACCUUCCUCAAUAGCCAUCUUCCAAUACACUGUGAAACUCACCGCAUGGAAAAAAGGCAAACAAAUCUUUCAAGAAACCAAAACAUGCGAAGGAAAACCAAUAUGCGAAAUAUUGGACUGCUUCAUUUGUUGGGAACACAUCCUCAACCCACAUUGCUGA